AUGAAAGAAGUUAUGCGUCAUAAACGUACAACAAUCGAUAAUAAUACAAUAUCUUCAUUAGCAAAAGUAUCAACAAUAAAAUUAAUAAAACCAGUUACAUUAUUAAGACGAUUAACAAAUCACAAAAAAGACGAAACAAAAUUAAAACGUAUACCUGAAUGUCGAUUAUCAUCGUCUUCACAAAUCCCAUUAUUGACAACCACACAACAAAACUCAAUUUUUCCAACAUCCUCAUCCCAUUCUAUUAUUUUAUCGACACCGUCUUUAUCAACAGUUAGACAACGUAAAAUGACAUCCUAUUCAGCAUUAAAACGAAAAGCGCAACGACAAACAGAUUUACAAACAACAUCAAGAUUUCAAGUAAAUCUUGAACAUGUACUAGGAUUUACAUCAAUUUCAAAUUCACUUGUGAGUCAAGAUCGAACAACAUUAGCCUAUGCUGCUGGUUCAACUGUUGUUCUUUAUAAUAUAACUAGUCAAAAACAAGAUUUUAUAAUUAAUAAUGCACGAAAAGCGAUAACAUCUUUGUCGUUAUCACCAGAUGGAAAAUUUCUUGUCACUGGAGAAUGUGGUCAUGAGCCAAAAGUUCGUGUAUGGGAUGUUCAUGAUAAAUCACAAUGUGUUGAAUUGGGUGACCAUAAAUUUGCUAUUGAUUGUGUGAGUUUUUGUCCAAAUGUUGAACGUCUUGUGUCUAUUGGUUCAUUACAUGAUGGUUCAAUUUAUGUUUGGGGAUGGAGAGAAAAAAAGAAAUUAGCAUCAAAUAAAUGUACAUGUGCCGUUCGUCGAAUAGCGUUUGCUGAAGAUGGAAGUUAUUUUGUGACAGUUGGAAAUCGUCAUGUUAAAUUUUGGUAUUUAUCAGCACCAUCUGUUGAAGUAAUACCAUUAAAAGGACGUCUAGCAAUAUUAGCUGAACGAAAAGAUAAUAUGUUUACGGAUGUUGUAUGUGGAAGAGGUGAUUGUGCAAAUAUGACAUAUACAAUUACACAUAAUGGUUUAGUAUCACAAUUUAAUGAACAUCGACAAAUGUGUGCGGAAAAAGAUUUAAAGGAAAAAGCAAAUUGUCUCGCUAUUGGUGAUGUUUAUUUAAUUGUUGGAUGUUCAAGUGGAAGUGUAUUUAUAUUUUCACCACAAAAUCUCGAUUACAUUACGUCAUUACCAAGACCUCAUUUUCUUGGUGUAGAUAUUGGAUUUAUACAAUCACUUGAUCAACUAAUUUGUCCACAACAUACACAAUAUUUUCCCGAUACAAUUGCUCUAUGUUUGGAUGAAGAUAAUGCUAUUGUGACAUGUUUCUAUAGUGAUCAUAGUUUCUAUAUUUGGGAUAUAGCCUGUGAUCAAUCAAUUAAAAAACUUGAUUCACAUCUUUAUCAUUCUGCUUGUGGAUGGAGUAUUGAGCCUUGUUCAAUACAAUCUCGAACAUUUUUAGCAUCACCUUUAUUACAACAUUUAUCAUUUGUUACAUGUUCAUCUGAUAAUUCUAUUCGUUUUUGGUCAUUAAAUUCUUCAACAUCAACACUAUUACCUCAACCAACAAAUAUAUUUAGUAGAGAAUUAAUGAAAAUUAUUUAUCUUGAUGAUGAUUAUUCAAAAUUAUGUGAUAAUCAAACUAGUCAAGAACGAUCUGAAUCGUCAAUGAAAAUUGGUGGACGAUGUUUAAAAGUAAAUCCAGAUGGUUCAUCAUUAGCCAUUGGUGAUAGAAAUGGAAAUAUACGAAUAUUUGAUUUAAUAUUAUUAAAACAACAAUUUAUUAUUGAAGCACAUGAUAGUGAAGUAUUAAGUAUUGAUUAUAGUCGACCGGAAAUGGGAUUUUAUUUUCUUGCAUCAAGUAGUCGUGAUCGUUUUGUUCAUAUAUUUGAUCCUGUAAAAGAUUAUCAACUUGUGGCCACAUUAGAUGAUCAUUCAGCAGCAAUAACAGCUGUACGAUUUUCAUCUUUUACCUCUUCUUCAACAGUGGCUAUGCAAUUAAUAUCAUGUUCAGCAGAUAAAUCUCUAAUAUUUCGAACAAUUACAAAGAAUGAAAAUGGAAAAUAUCAAUUUAUUCGUUCAAAUAAUAUUGUAGAAAAGCAAACAUUCUAUGAUAUGGCCAUUGAUCAAAAACGAGAUGAAGUCAGUACAGCAUGUCAAGAUAGAAUGGUUAGUACACAGGAUGGUAAACGUGUUCGAACAUGUAAAGGUUCGAUGGGUGAUAGCGAUACAGGAUAUUUAAUUAAAAUUGAUCUUGAUGCAUCUGGUCGCUAUGUAGCAACAUCUUGUUCAAAUAAAUGCGUUUAUAUUUGGGAUACAAUGACCAAUGAAUGUGUAGCAAAUCUUUGUGGACAUUCAGAAAUUGUUACAGAUAUUAAAUUUAGUCAACAUGGAAAUUAUUUAUAUACGAUUAGUGGAGACAGUUGUAUAUUUGCAUGGAAUAUCAGUGAAUUAGCUAUUGUUCCAACAACAUUUAGAAUACCUCAAUUACCAACGCAAUUAAAAAAUAAUGAUACAGAAACAUCGAUAAUCGAAGAAAAGAUCAAAUAUACUCAAGUUAUUACACAGACGCCAGAAAUUGUGAGUGAUGAACAUCAACCAUUAUUUAAACGUCAAAGAAGUCUAUGGGCAACAGCGGAGCCACAUUUAUCGCUAUUGGAUUCACAAUUUACAAAAAAAUUACAACCACAUUUAUCAGAUAUUAUCACGGAAGAGUAA